UUGUUUGUGGGUCUGUCCUUCCCCUACGAGGGACCUGCCCCCCUGGAGGCCAUUGCCAACGGCUGUGCGUUCCUCAACCCCAAAUUCAACCCUCCAAAGAGCAGCAAAACACAGACUUCUUCAAGGGCAAACCCACUCUGAGAGAGCUGACCUCUCAACAUCCGUAUGCUGAGGUGUACAUCGGUCAACCCCACGUGUGGACGGUGGAUAUCGAGAACUCUGCCGAGGUGGAGCGGGCCAUCCGCUCGAUCCUCAGCCAGAAGAUUGAGCCCUACCUGCCCUAUGAGUUCACCUG